CUACCCCUCACCAAAACCCACACUUCACCGCUUCUUUUCCCACAAACUACCAUUUUUCUUCUUUAAUUAUUGUACAAGCAAUGGAAGACUCAGACUCAGACUCAGACUCAGAAAUCUCAAAUAUCCUCUCUCCGUCUGUUCUUAAGGACCACCAACCCAAUGAGAACUGGAGAACUCCUGUUCGUGCUACCGUUCGCUCGCUCCGCCGGCAAGGGAAGAGCUAUGGCCAAAUCAGGAAGGCCACAGGCCUUACCAGGUCCACAAUUCAGCAUAUUAUCAAGGGUCCAACCUCUCGUACGACGCGAAAAGGCCUUGCCACCAAGCGCCCCGCUCUUAAACAAGCCGAUGUGAAGCGUAUUUUCCGAUUCGUUUCCCAGUCUUGGACCAAUCGCACCAAGUCUUGGGGACGAAUCAAGCACGAGCUCAAAUUAGAAGCCUCGAUUACUACGAUUCGCCGGAUUAUAAAGGAGCAUGGAUAUCGUCGUUGUGUCGCUUGCCGUCGUCCCUUUAUUUCCAAGCAAUAAGCUGCGAGACGACUCGCAUUUGCGAUAAAAUACCGGUGGUGGGGUACAGCAGAUUGGAAAAAGGUUAUAUGGAGCGAUGAGGCUACAUUUGAGACUGGAAAGAGAGGGAGAAUUUGGGUUAUACGUCGGCCGGAUGAGAAGAAUCACCCAGAUUGUAUAUAAUCUGUAUACAGGAGUGGAAGAGUGAGCGUGAUGGUUUGGGGAGCGAUUAGCUGGGAUUGGAAAUCCCCGCUUAUUUUCUUGGU